AUGAACCAUCAGCCUGCUGUCGCGCCGCCCGACAUCAUUGAUCGUUGCUUCAAUCGUCUUGCUCAUCUUCAGUCGUCCCUACAAUUCUCAAAUGCGGCAUCGCCGGCGAAGAGCCGCACCGCCGCUGUGGAUAGAUCCUUUAGAUUCGGUACGCCCACGAGGUUUUCGACGGAGGGGCACUCGGAACUGUCCUCGGUUCGCGGAGAUCUAGAGAAGGAGGCGCUGGUUGAGGUGAAAGGUUUGGAUGAGAAUGCACUCUUUAUUUCCCACAUUCAGGUUAACCAGGCCCAGAAGCAGAGGUGCCACACAUAUCGUACUCAUGGACGAAUCAAUCCUUACAUGUCAUUCUCCUGUUACUUCGAGUUGAUUCUAUCUGAGAAAGAAGAGUCUGUCAAGAAAGAGCCCGAUUCACAAUUGGCAGCAGGCAAAUCUAGGAAGGCUUGA